AUGUCUAGAGUUGACCCUUAUCUACCCUACAUAGCCCCUCUCUGUCUCUGUCUCUCUCUCUCUGUCUCUCUCUCUCUCUGUCUCUCUCUCUCUCUGUCUCUCUCUCUGUCUCUCUCUACAUUAUUUUUGUUCUUUAUUUCUUUCUUUCUUUCUUUCUUUCUUUCUUUCUUUCUCUCUGUUCAUUUUUUUUCCUUUGCUUUUUCUUUACUAAGUAUUUGCGUUUUCAAAUAUGAUUCACUGUUCCUAUUUCUUUCUUUCAUUCUUUUUUCAUUUUUUUCAUUCGUUGGUUCUUUCUUUCUUUCAUUCAUUUGUUCGUUCGUUUGUUCUUUCUUCCCAUCAUUCCAUCGUCCAUUCUUUCUUUCUUUCUUUCUUUCUUUCUUUCUUUGGUCCGUUCUUUCAUUCUUUCAUUUUUUCAUUCGUUGGUUCUUUCUUUCUUUCAUUCAUUUGUUCGUUCGUUUGUUCUUUCUUCCCAUCAUUCCAUCGUCCAUUCUUUCUUUCUUUCUUUCUUUCUUUCUUUCUUUCUUUCUUUCUUUUUUUUUUUUCUUUCUUUCUUUCUUUGUCCGUUCUUUCAUUCUUUCAUUUUUUCAUUUUUUUCCAUUUUUGUUCGUUUUUCUUUUUUAUCAUUCCAUCGUCCAUUUUUUCUUUCUUUCUUUCUUUCUUUAUUUUCUUUUUUUCAAAUUCUUUUUUUUUUCAUUGUUCUUUCUUUCUUUCAUUCAUUUGUUCGUUCGUUUGUUCUUUCUUCCCAUCAUUUUUCGUCCAUUCUUUCUUUCUUUCUUUCUUUCUUUCUUUCUUUUUUUUGUUCUUUUUUGUUUCUUUCAUUUUUUUCAUUCGUUGGUUCUUUCUUUCUUUUCAUUCAUUUGUUCGUUCGUUUGUUCUUUCUUCCCAUCAUUCCAUCGUCCAUUUUUUUUCUUUUUGGUCCGUUCUUUCAUUCUUUCAUUUUUUUCAUUCGUUGGUUCUUUCUUUCUUUCUUUCAUUCAUUUGUUUUCGUUUAUUCUUUCUUUCAUUUCGUCCAUUCUUUCUUUCUUUCUUUCUUUCUUUCUUUCUUUCUUUCUUUGGUCCGUUCUUUCAUUCUUUCAUUUUUUCAUUCGUUGGUUCUUUCUUUCUUUCAUUCAUUUGUUCGUUCGUUUGUUCUUUCUUCCCAUUAUUCCUUCGUCCAUUCUUUUCUUUCUUUCUUUCUUUUUUUUCUUUCUUUCUUUAUUUGGUCCGUUCUUUCAUUCUUUUUCAUUUUUUUCAUUCGUUGGUUCUUUCUUCUUUUUUCAUUCAUUUGUUCGUUCGUUUGUUCUUUCUUUCUUUCCUUCGUCCAUUCUUUCUUUCUUUCUUUUUUUUUUUUUUUUGGUCCGUUUUUUCAUUCUUUUCUUUUUUCAUUCGUUGGUUCUUUUCUUUCUUUCAUUCAUUUGUUCGUUCGUUUGUUCUUUCUUCCCAUCAUUCCAUCGUCCAUUCUUUCUUUCUUUCUUUUCUUUCUUUCUUUUUCUUUCAUUCUUUCAUUUUUUCAUUCGUUGGUUCUUUUCUUUCAUUUAUGUUCGUUUUUGUUCUUUCUUCAUCAUUUUCGUCCAUUCUUUCUUUCUUUCUUUCUUUCUUUUUCUUUUCUUUGGUCGUUCUUUUCAUUCUUUCAUUUUUUCAUUCGUUUUCUUUUUUCAUUUUUCGUUUUCUUUCUUCCCAUCAUUCCAUCGUCCAUUCUUUCUUUUCUUUCUUUCUUUUUCUUUCUUUCUUUGGUCCGUUCUUUCAUUCUUUUCAUUUUUCAUUCGUUGGUUCUUUCUUUCUUUCAUUCAUUUUUCGUUCGUUUGUUCUUUCUUCCCAUCAUUCCAUCGUCCAUUCUUUCUUUCUUUCUUUCUUUCUUUUCUUUCUUUCUUUCUUUCUUUCUUUUUGGUCCGUUCUUUCAUUCUUUCAUUUUUUCAUUCGUUGGUUCUUUCUUUCUUUCAUUCAUUUGUUCGUUCGUUUUUCUUUUUCCCAUCAUUUUUCUUUCUUUCUUUCUUUUUCUUUCUUUUUCUUUCUUUGGUCCGUUCAUUCUUUCAUUUUUUCAUUCGUUGGUUCUUUCUUUCUUUUUUUUGUUCGUUCUUUCUUUCUUUCAUUUCCUUUUUCGUUCGUUUUUUUUUCUUCCCAUCAUUCCUUCGUCCAUUCUUUUUUCCUUUUCUUUCUUUGGUCCGUUCUUUUUUCAUUCUUUCAUUUUUCUUUCGUUGGUUCUUUUCUUUCUUUCAUUCAUUUGUUUUUCGUUUGUUCUUUCUUCCCAUCAUUCCUUCGUCCAUUCUUUUCUUUCUUUCUUUCUUUCUUUCUUUGGUCCGUUCUUUCAUUCUUUCAUUUUUUCAUUCGUUGGUUCUUUCUUUCUUUCAUUCAUUUGUUCGUUCGUUUGUUCUUUCUUCCCAUUUUAUUUCUUUCUUUCUUUCUUUGGUCCGUUCUUUCAUUCUUUCAUUUUUUCCUUCGUUUCUUCUUUCUUUCAUUCCUUUCUUCUUUUUAUUCGUUCUUUCGUUCAUUCUUUCGUUCUUUCUUUCAUUCCUUUGUUCGUCAUCAUUUUUGCUUUCUUUUGUAUCGGCGUUUCUCUCUGCUGACGUCAUCAAUCGCUUCCCGCCAAAAUAUUCGGAAUUGUUAGAUUUUACCUUUUCUUCUUUUUUUUUUCCUUCCUUUUUUUUCUUUUCUUUUCCCAUUCUUUUUUUCUUCUUUGCAUCAUUCCGCUAA